AUGCGUCUCCUAGCUUUGGCAUUCGCGGCGCCGGGCCUCCUCAGGCUGGCGCUCGCACAACUCGAGGUGUCCCCUGACGGAACAUGCGGGCCCGGAAACCGGUACUCCUGUCUCGGGUCGUCGUACGGCAACUGUUGCACUGAAAAGGGGGAGUGCGGUGGAACGGACGAGGACUGCGGUCCAGGAUGCCAGCCGGAAUUCGGUCUGUGUGGAAGGGGUGUUGGCGGACUUCCGGGCACUACGGAGGAGCCGGAUCCCACGAAGAGUAGUAGUCCCACUCGACAGACGGCUCUUCCUACUACCCUCACCACGACGAGGCGGACGGCCUUGCCCUCGACCAUCACGACGCGUCUGACCGCCAUUCCCUCGAGUCUUCUGCCUCCGUCGCAGUCUCAGGCGGUCUCGACCAUAGUCGUGACCUCGAUCGUGACCCAGAGCACGCUGGUGACCGUCUCUACAACAACCGCCCUGACCAACACGGUCGUCGUGAACACGACAUCGGUCCACUUCACCACCACGACGUCAACCAGCUACUCCAUCGUGUUCGCCACCGUCUACAACACCAUCAAUGUCACCCGCAUCUCAACAGCCUGGGAGACGGCCACGUCCACGACGACCCAGACCAUCGAUACCACCCAGUACUUCAACCUGACGCGCACCUCCACGUACACCCAACCCAUCACCGUCACCUCCCACACCAACGCUACGCGCUAUGUCAAUGCCACCUCGACGGACUUCAUUACGCGCACCACGACCGUUCCGCUCACCAUCACGUCCACGUCCACGUCCACCAUAACCAUCAACUCGACCCGCCUGACGACCGCGACCGAGACGACCGAGGUGCCCGUGACCGUGACCGCCACCGACACCGACACAGAGUACACGACGCAGACUGAUUUCCUGACGGCGACGACGACCGCCGUGACGACCGAGACGCACGACGUCACGCGCCACUGGAACACAACAUCCACCGCCCUGCGCACCGUCACCGUCACCGUGACGGCGACCACGGCGGCGCCAGGCGAGCCCGCUACCACCACCACCACCGCCACCGCCACCGUCACUACCAUCGUCAACCCGUCCAUCUCGACACCCACCACGGAAACGGAAACGAAAACAGAGACCGAAAUCACCACUUCUACCGUGACGGUGACGGGAGCCGACCCCUCUGAACCGAGCGGGCCGACCUCCACGGUCGGGCCAUCUUCUGUGCCUUCAUCAGGCACCACUGCGGAGACGACGAGUUCGAGUAGGGGACAGACGCUUACCGUGGGUAUGUAUUAG